UCAGAGCAGACAUCAACCUAGAGGCUUAAGCCAGAAUUGUUUGUUGUGCAGGACAAGUAUGGAUUUAAUGGAAUUGUUUUUCAUCACUCUUGGUGCUGCAGUAGUUGUCUGCUAUGGAGUAAAACUGCUGCUUUUCAGUAGGAUGCUUUUCCCAAAAAUAUGGUUUCCACUGUCACAGUCUUUUUUUACCUCUUUGGGAAAGUGGGCAGUGGUGACUGGUGCUUCAGAGGGAAUAGGAAGAGCAUAUGCAUUUGCACUGGCUGAGAAAGGGAUGAACGUGGUAAUCAUGAGCAGAACUAAAAUAACACUGGACCAGUUGGCUGAAGAAAUAGUUGAUACCACAGGGCAGCGGGUGAAAGUCAUUGUAACAGACUUCAUGAAGGACAACGUCUUCAGUGAAAUCGAGGAUCAGAUUAGGAGCCUCGACAUUGGGGUUUUAGUCAAUAAUGUUGGAAUGCUGCCCAGCUUCAUCCCCUGCAAAUUCCUUGAGACUGCACAGCUGGACCAGACAAUCACAACAGUGAUAAACUGCAAUGUGAAAACCAUGGCAAAGAUGUGCAAAAUAAUCCUUCCAGGCAUGGAGAGCAGGGGUAAGGGGGUCAUUUUGAAUAUUUCGUCUGGAGUUGCCUCCAUUCCUUUCCCCCUGUACACCCUAUAUGCAGCAUCUAAGGUGUUUGUGGAGAGAUUCUCUCAAGGUCUUCAAGCAGAAUACAAAGAUAAAGGGAUUAUUAUACAGGCAGUGGCUCCAUUUGGGGUCUCCACUCGAAUGACAGCAUACCAACAAACCAACGUAGUGACUCUGUCACCAGAAGAGUUUGUAAAAAGCUCCCUGCAGUACCUCCGAGCUGGAGACAAAACACACGGAAGUGUCUGUCACAUAGUUCUGGGCUGGUUACUCCAGUCUAUUCCUCUCAAAGUGUUCUAUGCAGAGUCUAUGCUAUGCAGCCUACAGGACUAUGUGAAGAGGAAAGCAGCACUGAAGGCAUCCAUCUGUGCAUCAACUGCAACUUGUGAAAAUGUUAAAAAUAAAUAACCACAUAUUCCUUCCUUUAACCAUGAUAUUUCUGUAAAUUGAUUAUAAUUACGGUACUAUUGACAAACCUAUGUUUUCUGUUUUUUAAACAGUGGGGACAGUUAUAACUUGUGAACGUCUUAUUAUUAAUAUUAUUGGUUACUUUACAGCAGUACUUUUUUGUAACAUUGUCGGUAAGCCAUCCUUUCAUUUCAUUUCAUUUCAUUUCAAACCUUUAUUUAAUCAGAUGGUCUGAGGACCAGAUUGGUCCUCAUGGAAUCUUCUUCAUUAAUGUCAAUAGUUCUUCAGUUUCUAAGGUUUGAAGGUAUUUAGGCAUCUGCUCUUUAAUCCACAUAUACAUCUAUUGAUAUUACACUCUUACAGUAGAAAAUAAUAAACUACAUUAUAUAAGUUACAUUUGAUUUAUAUUAGUUUAAUGGAAUUUACUCUAAUGAUGCCGAUUCAGUGUUUUUUAAGAUAACUGUGUAGGAUCAAGUCAUAAGUUUGCAGAAUGCAAUCGAAUGAAUAAUUCCACACACACACACACACACACACACACACACACACACACACACACACACACA